GCACGUCCAGCUCGCACGUUCGAGCGUAGUAAACUCCUGGAUCCCCUCCUUCAAACAGGAUCUUUACUACAGCUCAGGUUUACGCACGCUAUGGCUGACAAUCAGCAGCCCGCCGCCCACACACCGCCCACAACAUCCACAUCUUACAUUUCCUGUUUGGAAACUGCAGCGUUUUUAAUGUACUUGUACGGCCUGUGGCAAGCACUUUUAAUAUUUGUGGACCCAGUGUUUAUAUUCCGUGUUGACAAUAUUUCUCUUCGUUCUGCCUCUUUCCAUCUUCCCAUCUACUUGCACUUCGCAUCAUGAAUGCCGACAUCCCUGCAUUCGAUUGUCGAGAAGUCGUUGAAGAUCUGGCAGAUCGUCUGGGCUCUCUAGGCCUUUUUCUGGAUGGUAUCAAUGACUUGAUGAAAUUCAGUAACUUGGAAGACUAUGAAUUACAACGCUACAGUAGAAAGGUGAUCGCUCUGACUGAGGGCGCGCGCAUGACUCUCAAACGUGAGGGAGUGGUCUUGUACCUUUUCGUUCUUUGUCCAGAGGAACUUUUGCCGUACAAGUCGGCGUAUUUUAAACUACUUGUUUCGAUCAGACGCCGCAGGCGCGCGUUUCCCGCUGACAUAGGGGAUCGAAUCGCUUCGCUUCUGUUUGUUCUAGAGAGUAAUUUCGUCAUACGGUGCGGAGGAGUUGAUACUCGUGCCCAACUGGGCAUUGAGGAGUUGCUAGUGCCUAAGAACCCACUAGCCGCUUGUGAAAGCACCGCCCAGAUUGCAGCGCAUACUACUGCUGUCUCGUCGGCACGGACAUCAUACGCAACAUCGGACGUUAUGUUACCACCAGAUACUUGGGCGAAAAAAAAGCACAGAAUCCACCAGCUUGCAAAAUAUGUGAAGUCAGAAGCUGCAAAUACGUACUAUCCACCAGCUCCUCACCAAUACUUGCCGAGCGACAACUGGGAGCCCCCUCGUCUUCGAAGGCCAUUUGUUCGAACAAAAGCCCAACGUUUUGAAGUUGGCACCAGGGGGCAAUCGUCACUUGAUGAUCUUUUCAAUCUCCAACCUUUUUCCCUGGACUAAUUCCUUCCGCAUUGUACUUCAUCACGACUGGAACAUCAUCCCCCUUUUGUUACAUG